UCCCCCCCAAUCCUCCCGCUGACAGAGGGGAAAAAAAAGCCGAGGUCUUGGACUCGAGGUUGUGCGCGCUCCUCACAAGGGGAAGACUAGGGCGACUAUGCGCCGCUGGGGGGUGUCCCGCCUGGCGUCGCAGCGGCUCUUCCGGCUCCUCUCCCACCCCUCUUCCGGUAGGCCGCGGCCUGGUGCCGUUGCCAUAGCAACCGAGGCCUGCCCGGGCCCAGCCGGCAUGGAGGAAGCCCUGAGGCGGGCGGUCCCUCCGCAGCCUCCUUACGAGACCCGCGAGAAAGCGGCGCCGCCGGCCGGGGCGGCUCUGGAGCAGCGCGGGGCGGAGUUCAUGCGCUACUACCGCGCUUUGGAGGGCGGCAAGCCGAGGGCCGAGCUGCUGAGCCGGCUGGCGAGGGACUUCGGCGUCGACCACGGGCGGGUGGCCGACCUCGGGGCCAAGGUCCUGCGGCUCCAGCAGCAGCAGCAGCAGCCGCCCCUCGAAGGCGGGGAAGCGGAGGGGGCGAAGGAGGCCGAGCCCGGCGCCCUCCUGCAGGCCGAAGACCGGCUCCGCUACUACCUCACGCCCCGUUACCGAGGCCUUUUCCAGCACCUCGGGAGGCAGGAGGGCGGCCUCCGCUUCCUCGUCGACCUCCGCAAGGACCUCCUCGAAGCCCUGGCCGGCAGGGAGGCCGAAGGGCCGCAUGUCCGGGAAAUGAAUGGUGUAUUAAAGAACAUGCUGUCAGAAUGGUUCUCCACAGGAUUCCUGAACUUGGAAAGAGUUACAUGGCAAUCGCCUUGUGAGAUACUGCAGAAGAUUAGUGACAGUGAAGCUGUACACCCGGUUAGAAACUGGAUGGAUAUGAAGCGCCGAGUUGGGUCUUAUAGAAGGUGCUAUUACUUUGCCCACUGUGCAAUACCUGGAGAGCCAUUGAUAAUUUUGCAUGUUGCUCUUACAGAUGAGAUAACCAGCAACAUCCAGGCCAUUGUGAAAGAGAUUCCCUCUCAAGAAGUGGAGGAUACGAACAAAAUUACCACAGCAAUUUUCUAUUCCAUCAGUUUGACUCAACAGGGCCUGCAGGGAGUGGAGCUUGGGACACACCUCAUCAAGCGAGUUGUUAAGGAAUUGCAGAUGGAAUUUCCUCAAAUAAAAGUCUUCUCUACCUUGUCUCCCAUUCCGGGCUUCACCAAAUGGCUUGUUGGACUCCUUUCCUCACAAUCCAGGGAAACCGGAAGAAACCAUCCCUUCACGGAUCCUGAAUACCAAGAAAUCUCUGAGAUCACAGGGGACCCCACUAUUGAAAUUCUGAAACGCCUCUUCACAAACAAUGAGUGGGCGAGGUCAGAGAGAUUGGUCCGAACGUUGCAGCCGCCACUUAUGAGGCUCUGUGCCUGGUAUCUGUAUGGAGAAAAACAUCGCGGUUAUGCCCUGAACCCUGUGGCAAACUUCCACCUUCAGAACGGUGCGACGUUGUGGCGUCUGAACUGGAUGGGAGACACAAGUCCCCGUGGCAUCACCUCUUCCUGUGGCAUGAUGGUCAACUAUCGCUACUUUUUGGAGGACACAGUUGACAACAGUACUAUAUACCUGGGAACUAAGCAGAUCAAGGCUUCAGAACAGAUUCUUUCCUUGGUCUACCAGUUUCAGCAGAACAGCAAACUGUAAAUAAAGUAUACAGUUUAAAGAGGAGAGGAAAAGAAACUUGUAAGUGAAUAGGAUGUUUUGGAUGCUUGUGCUUAAAAAGAUAUAGUUGGCACACCGAGUCCAAAUAUCAUCAGAAUCCACUAUUAAAUAGAUUGUGCUCUCCUUGUUGUGGUGACGUACUUUGACAGGCAGCAGGUUUACUGUGGAUAAUUCUUCCGGCAAACAGCAGAGUCUGCGUAAACUACCAUGUUUCCCCGAAAAUAAGACAGGGUCUUGUAUUAAUUUUUCUUCCAAAAAAUGCAGUAGGGCUUAU